UAGUACAUUAACGUAGUGGUUGUACCCUGUCGAGGGCCUCACUAGAAAAGUAGCACCUGCCGAGGUGGAAUACACCGAAACAACCAGUUGUACUACAGAAUGGCUUCAAAAUACGCCAAACAGGCCUCCGGUGAAUCCGAAAGGUUAUUCGUGGCCGCCAUUGAUUUUGGAACAACCUAUUCUGGUUACGCUUUCUCGUUUCGGCAUGAUUACAUGAAGGACCCCAGCAAGAUAAACACAAAUCAAACUUGGAUAGCGGGGCACCGGAACUUGUUCUCUCUAAAAGUCCCGACAUGUGUGUUACUGCAGCCUGAUCAAACGUUCCAUUCAUUCGGCUACGAGGCUGAAGACAAAUACACGGAACUGUUUCAGGAUGAUGAACAUGAGGAUUGGUACUUUUUCAAACGCUUCAAAAUGACGUUACAUAACAACAUGAAACUGCGGCGGGACCAUAUGAUACAAGAUAUUAGUGGCGAAAAGGAGCUUCCUGCCAGGGACAUAUUCGCACACGGUAUAAAGUUCCUGAGAGACCAUUUAAUCAAACAUACAAAAUCGAAGGGAAUCUACGAGGCGAUUUCUGAUGGACGAUACGUUCAUUGGGUACUUACUGUUCCUGCUAUUUGGAACGACAGCGCCAAACAGUUCAUGCGAGAGGCAGCACGACAGGCUGGUAUAUGUGAACACAAUCUGUCUAUAGCCCUGGAACCGGAAGCUGCAGCUCUCUACUGCAAAAUGCUUCCAGUGGAAAAACUAGACAGUGGAUCGGAUAAAAGUCUGGGAAUGUUUAAAGCAGGGACAGAGUAUAUGGUGUUAGAUCUUGGAGGUGGAACCGUUGACGUGACCGUCCAAAGAGUUUUGGGAGAUGGAAACCUUGAGGAGAUAUUCAAAGCGAGUGGUGGCGCCUGGGGCGGGACCAAGGUCGAUGAAUCCUUUUUCGAGCUUUUAAUGAAGGUUGUCGGAACAAAUGUAAUGAAGACUUUUAAAACCAAACACACAGGCGACGAGUUGGAACUGUUUCGGGAGUUCGAAACAAAGAAGAGAACGAUAACAACUGACUUUGGCAACAAGGUGACGCUACGGAUACCUUUUCAACUUAGCGAAUCAUUUGAGGAGGAAUUCGGCGCUUCUCUUAAGGAAACCAUCAAACAGACCAACUUCAAGGGGAAAAUGAAUUGGACUGGCGACAAACUUAAAGUAGACCCUGAUAUUAUCAGAGAACUCUUCACUCUGUCAGCUAGUAGCAUAGUUGAACAUGUUAGGGAUCUUUUAAAGAAAGAGGCAUGCAGGAACGUCUCAACUCUCCUGAUGGUCGGAGGUUUUUCUGAGUGUGUCCUUAUACAGGACGCCAUCAGGAAGAAUUUCCCCGACAAGCGUGUCAUCAUUCCCGAGGACGCGGGUCUUGCAGUCGUAAAAGGCGCCGUACUUUUUGGACACAACCCACUUACUAUCGUUUCCCGGAAAUCCAAAUUCACUUAUGGAAUAUCAAUAUCGCGCAGAUUUCAGCCAGGUGAUCCGGAUCAGAAGCGAUUCAACGUGAGAGGUAUUGAUAAAUGCAGUAAUGUGUUCUCCAAACACGUGGAGGUUAAUCAGACUAUCCCGGUCGGAGAGGCGCUUGAGACUCAGACGUACACUCCCCUUUACGCAGACUCAAAAAGUGUGGUGGUAAAGAUUUUCACCUCUUCUGAGGAAAACCCUAGAUACACUACCGACCCUUCAUGUGACUACUUAGGAAAGAUCGAUGUACCGUUGUCCCCGGGUUCUGACGAAAACACCACUAUUGAAGUCAAAAUGACUUUUGGCGACACCGAGCUCACUGUAGAAGCUUCAGAAGAAAAUGGUAGACCUCUUUUGGCAACGUUUGAUUUUCUUGAUCAUUGACACAUGCUUUUAAUACAUGACGAAACAAAAAACAUUGGAUUCCGUGAUUUAAACUUUAUUAUGACAGAACAUCCAUAAACUAUGAAACAAUGUGUUGCGCAGCGUAAUGGGUGUAAGAUAGCACUACACAUACAUUCCGAAAGUGCAGGUCAGAAAAUGAUCAUAAAAAUCACCGAAACAAAACCAUCUACAAUUCACGCCAUAUUUACUAGUGCUAUCUACAAUAUUUGCUGUGAUAUAUCAUGAUAAUGUCUAGAACUGUUGUUUAUGUUGCUGAAUAUUGCUGGCAUAUCUAUUGACCAUACGUAUACGUGUGACCUAUUCACCAACGUUUGGUGAAUGCGACAAUUGGAAAUUAAAGCAUUUUUUUUUUAAUUCUGUGCAUGUACAUUGUAAUUACAUGUACUUUGUAUAUAUAAUAAACGACAAUAUUCAUAUCAGUAAGGUCCCAUAUCAAUUAAUACAAUAUAUAUUAGGAAUCAAACUGACAACAUAGAGGGUUAUUAAUAGACUUGCUAAGUUAUGCCAAUAACUAAAAGGAGUUAAGUACAAUACUAUUUAUAUAAAAUGAUCUGGCUUGAGCGAGGACGAAAAACCUCCAAAAGUAACACUGUGACAAUUUCUCUCCAACAAGUUACAGGCUGUAGAACUGAGGAACUUAUUACAAUAAUGUAAAUGAUAGUUAUGAAUAC